AGAAAGAAAGAAACGGUCAGGUAGGAGAAGAAAAAUAGACUUUCUGUGACUGUAUGCUCUUGAAAUCUCCCGCAGGUUCUAAGCAGGGCAAAAUGGGGUCUCGAAAGUGUGGAAGCUGCCUAAGUUGUCUGCUGAUUCCGCUGGCACUUUGGAGUAUAAUUGUGAACAUAUUACUGUAUUUCCCAAAUGGGCAAACUUCCUAUGCAUCCAGCAAUAAACUCACCAACUACGUGUGGUAUUUUGAAGGAAUCUGUUUCUCAGGCGUCAUGAUGCUUAUAGUAACAACAGUUCUUCUGGUACUGGAGAAUAAUAACAAAUAUAAAUGUUGCCAGAGUGAAAACUGCGGCAAAAAAUAUGUGACACUGCUGUCAAUUAUCUUUUCUUCCCUUGGAAUUGCCUUUUCUGGAUACUGCCUGGUCAUCUCUGCCUUGGGCCUUGUCCAGGGCCCAUAUUGCCGCACCCUCGGUGGCUGGGAGUAUGCUUUUGAAGGCACUGCUGGACGUUUCCUUACAGAUUCCAGCAUAUGGAUUCAGUGCCUGGAACCUGCACAUGUUGUGGAGUGGAACAUCAUUUUAUUUUCCAUUCUUAUAAGCCUCAGUGGGCUUCAAGUGAUCAUCUGCCUCAUCAGAGUAGUCAUUCAAUUAUCCAAGAUACUGUGUGGAAGCUAUUCAGUGAUCAUCCAGCCUGGAAUCAUUUGAAUAAGGACAAAAGUGUUUUCCAUUAUCAAGACACAGCCAUCUAUCUAGAUCUUAUGCCAACUGCGUAGACUUGAGGACAAUAUUGAAAUGAUGGUGCUUUUUCCAUUUGGUGUUUAUUUGUGAAAUUUGCAGUCCUCACUGCACGUGCAAGUAUGCCACCCCUCCUCUAUUUAGAAUGCUUUUUUAAGUAAUGUUGUAUAUCACAUGACCCUCAUGCUGUGGGCCAUUAGGAACUUCAGAAAUACUUAUACCCUUUGAUCAAACAAAUCCAUUUCUAAAAAUUUAUAUUAGGGAAGUAAAUAAGAAUAUGAGAGAAGAAUUUAUGCAAAUAUGUAUGUUGCAACAUUAUUUAAUAUUAGAAACACUCCAAAAUUCUAAACUUAGAGGAAGGUAUAAGAGUGGGAAAUACUGUGAACGCUUUCUGAUAUUAAAAAAUUAAAUAAAAAAUAAAGAGUG